AUGGAGGGAUUAAAGCUCGGUGCCAAGGAACAGCAGUAUUAUGCCGAGCUGUUCCAGGCAUGUGAUUCUGAAGGAAGUGGUAAAGUUACGGGACCGAAAGCAUCCGAAUUGUUUUUAACUUCAGGUUUGAGUCCUGAUGUGCUGAUACAGAUAACAGAAUUAUGUGGAGCCAAACGUCUGGGCCACUUUGGGCGGAGCCAGUUUUAUAUUGCUCUGAAACUAGUUGCUUUAGCCCAAGCUGGCAUACCUAUUAAACUGGAUGCCUUAAAUUCUGGUAAAGAUAUCCCAUUACCAAAGUUUUCAUCUAAAGGCGGUGAACAAGUAAGGUUUGUGCUCAGUGACAGAAAGAAAUCAUCCGGAGAGCCUGACUCUGUUGCUUCAGACAGCAAAACAAAUACUCAGCUGUCAGGCCAGCUGCCUCCUCCACCUGUAAGUAAGAAAUCCCAUGGUCGCUCAUUAUCUGGCCAGUACCGGGGAAUUGUGCCGGAUCAGCCUGUAGUGGUCAGUAGUCAGUCAAGCCAGUUUUCAUCACAGAUGGGUGUGAAGGAUGAUUCCCCUCACAACUCCAAGUCACCUCCAUUCUCCCCAACCCAGUCACCCCCAACCUCUCCAGCCAACCAGAAGCUACUUUUGAAGCAGAACACAGCACCAGCAACAGUAUUUGCCAACUCUGUCACCAGUGUGUCAUCUGCGGGUGCCCCAGCCCCCUCCCACAUGACCAUGUCAGGCAGUCUUGACAGCGCAGAUGCCACAGUCCACCUUGUGAGCCCUUCCUUAUUAGCCGGAGAUGGUGGACACGUCAACCCUGUGGCUCUCAGUGACGGAGCUGUGGUCACAAAAAGUCAUGUGACAAUUCCCAGCGUGGGCGGUAUCCAGGUGCAUGCUGGACACAUUCAGAAUCCCGGUGUCCAGUCGCAACAUCAUCAACUGCAGGGUCAGGAGAACGGCAACUGGACCAUGUUUGAAGAUGAGGAGAGUCAUAUGCUCAUAGGAUCGGGUGUUAAAGAACAAUACAUUACCUUGGACCCCCCAAACUUUGAUUCCUCGUCUAUAUCUUCGGAGACUGAGAGCGUCGACGAUGUGUGGACGAUCACAGAUGAGCAAAGGGAAUAUUAUGUUAACCAGUUCAAGACAAUGCAGCCUGAUCUUAGUGCAGUCAUUACAGGUCCAGUUGCAAAGCAUUUCUUUGAGAAGUCUAAACUUCCUGUUGUGGAGCUGUCAAAGAUUUGGCAACUGUCGGACAUGAACUGUGAUGGGGCGCUUUCUCUGGAAGAGUUCUGUAUAGCUAUGCAUCUGGUGGUGCUGCGAAGAAAUGACAUUGAGCUACCAGAGCACCUGCCAUUGUCUCUUAUGCCAUAUUCCACAUUAGCUAGUGAUGAGCCUUUUGCUGCAGACCUUCCACCUGGCAGUACGCUCAAGAGAGCCACACCACCUUCACCACAGCAGAUUGUAGCUCAGUGGACAGCUUUUGCAUCAGAGUCGCCUGAUUCUGGAGAGCUUCAUUCACCAGCCCACCUAGCUAAUUUUGAAUUUGCAAAACCUAGUGCAGAUCCCGAGCUGAAAAUAGUUCAGCCUGUGGCUGUACAUGUGUUGCCGGACGGGAGGCCUGUACCCAGUGAAGUCUGUGAUCGUGGUAGGGCAUUUUCAGACCCAGCAGUGCUGUAUGACCGAACCAGCGGGCAGGAACUCGGGGAGACCACUCCACCUCUAACAAAACAACGGGCCAAUACAGAAUCCCACUUCCACGAUUCUGGUCAGUCGGAGGCCUCAAACAAAUAUAGUACCCCUAUACAAGGGAGGCCGCGGCCUGUCCCACCGAAGAAGAAUGCUGCAGUGCCAGCGGUUAUAAGAGGACAGCUUCAGCCACCCCCUGGCUCCAGCCUGGACGGGUCUAGUGCAGGCGGAGCCACAGAACGACCAAAUGAUAUUAGUGGAGGUCAGUUUCAAAGUCAUGCACCUCCAACUCCACCGCCCAGGCCACCUCAUGGGAGAAGCAUGUCUGUGGAUGUGAAAUCAAGCUCACAGCUCAUUGCGCCAGCUGUUCCUCCUCGAGUAUCCCCAAAAGAGGUCA